AUGGAUCAAAGACUAGCACCUGAAAAGACUCAAAAUGAGGUAGACAUCAAUAACUCGGAUGUAUUCUCCCGCUCAUUCACACAGCACAGGGCAGACCACAGCGGAACUUACCAUGAUGAGUCCCAUCGCCGCAGAGUGUCCUAUCACCAGGAUGAGUCUCGCCAUCUUGGCAUACCCCAGGAUGAGCACCACAGUGGCAAAAGAAUCUACCCCAGUGAGUCUGAUCACCCCAGUGGCUUUCACCACCAGAGUGAUCCUCACCACCCUAAGGCGUCCCAUGACCCCUACCACCACGCACACCCAAGGCGCUCAGCCCACCGCAUGGCUCGGUCCCACGUUUCAGUUCACCGUCAUGGCUCCCAAGUCUCCAACAAAGUAUAUAUUCGGACCUCCAAGGACUCAGAAAGCUGGGAGGAAGAUGAGCCAUUUCAGAGACGCAAAGCUGGCCGGGUUCAGCGAACUCACAAGAAGCUACACAGUACAGGCCUCUCCCAAUGGCUAUGGGAAAAAUUAAGCUACCUCAUUCAGGACUUACGGACAAUGAUCAGGAAUCUGACCCAGUCCCUGGCCUUCGAAACCUUCAUCUUCCUCAUCAUCUGCCUCAACACCAUCAUGCUUGUGGCCCAGACUUUUGCCGAAGUCGAGAUCCGGGGUGAGUGGCACUUCAUGGUCUUGGACUCCAUUUUCUUCUGCAUCUACGUAGUGGAAGCCCUGCUCAAGAUCAUCGCCCUGGGCCUCGCGUACUUUUGUGACUUAUGGAACAGUCUGGACUUCUUCAUCAUGGUCAUGGCUGUGCUGGACUUCACGCUCAUGCAGCUGCACUCCGCUGUCUACCGCCAAAGUUACUUUCGGAUCAUCAAGGUCUUCAAGAGCCUGCGAGCCCUGAGGGCCAUCCAGGUCUUUCGGAGGUUCCGUUUUCUGACCAGCCUCCAAGAAGUGACAGGGACCCUGGCCCAGACCUUGCCGUCCAUCACGGCCAUCCUCAUCCUCAUGUCCACUUGCCUCUUGCUCUUCUCCAUGGUACUCCGGGCUCUGUUCCACAAAUCUGAUCCCAAGCGCUUUCAAAACAUCUUCACCACCAUCUUCACACUCUUCACCUUACUCACGCUGGACGACUGGUCCCUCAUCUACCUGGACAGCCGGGCUCAGGGUGCCUGGUACAUCAUUGCCAUCCUCACUGUUUACAUCAUCAUCCAGUACUUCAUCUUCCUCAACCUGGUGAUCGCUGUCCUGGUGGAUAACUUCCAGACGGCACUGCUCAAAAGCUUAGAGAAAAUGAAGCAGGAGAGGGCCAGACAGAUCCAUGAGAAGCUGCUGGAUGAUUCACUGACGGAGCUCGACCAAGCAGACCUUGACGUGACGAUGAGUGAGGGCACCAUGCACAAGCACCUCAUUGAGAAAAAGUUUGGGACCAUGACAGCCAAGCAGCGAGAGCUCCUGUUCCAAUUCCUGCAGCUGGUGGCCAGCGUGGAGCACCAGCAACAGAAAUUCCGCUCCCAGGCGUCCGUCAUUGACGAGAUUGUGGACACAGCAUUUGAGGCUGGAGAAGAGGACUUCAGAAAGUGACCCUGGGGAAGAGCACCGGAUAUAAACUUCAGCCUCCUGGGUGGGUCAGGACACUUUCCACAGAACUGCUGGAAGGAUUGCUGGGGCCCUGCAGUUGGGGCCCUGCAGGGAUGGGAUGGGGUCGUAACAGCGUUUUAAAACCCUA